GACACAGAUACAGGAAACACAACCGGAGUGGGCUGUCUCCAUGGAUGUAUUAUAUUAACGGAUGUCUCGUUAAUUGAACGUUUCUGACUUAUGUCCGUAUAUAUGUGUAUGUGCUGAACCCCCGCGGGGUUCUUAUAAUGACUGCGCUGCAGCUGCCAGGAACCUCCACGGCCCACAGGGACCAGAACCAGUCCGGCACCGGUGCAUGAGCUCAGCCGGGCUGCCGUAGUUCCUCUGAGCAGGUCUCUGUCAUGGCUGACCCGGGUCCGCAGUGAUAUGGGCGUCCUGGUGACCCUGUUCGAGUACUCCCCGCUCUUCUACGUGGCGCUGGUGUCGCUGUGCUUCGUGGUGACCGCAGCCGUGGUGCUGGGCCGGGAAACCCCUCUGGUUGGGCUGACCGGAACCUGGCUACCACUUCAAACACCGACGUCACUGCUGCCGCAAGUAAUGCGAGAGUCAGUGACGUUGCGUCACACGGGAGAAAAUCACGAGCGGAUUCAUAAACAUAAACAGAGUCUGUUAUGUAGGUUCGGCUUCGAUGUCCCGGUGAUCCUUCGCAGCUCCGAUGACUCGGACCCCGUCACCCCCACCCCUGAGAAGUCCAUGGUCCGGGUGACCAACCCCUUUGCCCUGGAGCUGGGCCGCGGGCCAGCCAGCGUCACCGACGGCGUGGCGUUGAGGCCCGUCUGCCUGGAGCCCUGCGUCCUCAGCUGCUUCUGGGGCUGCCAGGUCUCUGCUCUGCAGGGGCUGCUGCAGGCCCACCAGCACCAGCAGAGGCUCAGCAGCCACCAGGACCUCCUGCAGGUCCUGGACCUCCAGUACCACCACUGCCAGAGGUUCCACAUCAGCAGCCAGGACACGGACGAGCGCCGCUCAUUCAUCCCCUCAGAUCUGGCCAUCACGGACUUUGGGCCGCUGCCGAGGCAACGCUACCCCCUGGUGGCCGUGCUGACCACUGCAGGGGUGGAGGACAGGAACGACAUCGUGGCCAGUGUGACAGUGGUUCAUGUCCCUGACAACUACUACAAGCUUUCUGCUCGGAUCCUCUUCCAGUACCUCCUCACCUCGCAGGGAAAUGUGUACGAAUUAAAGCCUCUCUUCAUGUCAGCUGAUCCAGCGGGGGCCCCCCCUGAGCCCCAGCAGAGCAGCGACCCCCCCAGCCAGGAGGGCGACUGGUCCGAGGGCUCGGCCAGAGACUGCGUCAUCUGUCAGAACGGGACGGUGAACCGGGUCCUGCUGCCCUGCAGACACGCCUGCGUGUGCGACCGCUGUGUGACGCACUUCCAGCACUGCCCCAUCUGCAGGGCCUUCGUGAUGGAGUCCUUCGUCCUGCAGCCUGCACCGCCCUAACGCUGGAGAAUCACCCGGUUCUAAUGCUAUCAGUCCACGGAAUAGGAAUUGAUCAUGUGUAAUCAGAGCCUUGAAGUGUGUGAGGAGAUGGGAUCAGGCCAGCUGUGCUGACUGGACAUUUUCACCAUUCUAAUGGUUGAAUUAAAUGAUAACAUAUAAAUUUUGAUCAGCGGCCAAACCAUUUUUGUGUUGGGGGUUUUUGACCACAAGGACAAUUAGGAAGAAAACAAAUAACAAGCUUUUAUGGAACUCAAAUAUUACAUAUUUUUUCCACAAAUGGGCAUAUUUUGAAACAUUUUGAAAAAUGAUUCCAUAAUUUAAUGAGAAUUAAAAAAAAAAUAAAAAAAAAAAAUUUUUUUUUUCAGUUCUGGCCCCCCCUACCCUGGGCCCGGGACAACACACCCGUUUGUCCCCCCCUGUCAGCGGGCGUGGAUGGGAUACUGUCUACCUGGUAGAUUUUAGUCAUUAUUCUUUGGGUUGAUAAGCCAUUAUUCAGACAGUAUCCCAUCUACUCAAACCAUUCAAGGCUCUGAUUACACAUGAUAAAUUCCUAUUCAGUGGACUGAUAGUAUUUGAAGCCGCUGGGAGAAUGCAGGAUUCUUCCUCAGGUCUGAGUGUUUCCUGAGGGCAGCUUCUCCUCCUCCUGCCCCUGAAGACUCUCUGAAAGACUGAGACCACGAUCUGGCUUGAAGCUCCGGGUCUGGAGCUCACCUGAGGACAGGUAGGGGGCUCCAGGUCCCCCUCGUACCCAGGACUAGUGAACAAAUCAAACCUGGGAUUGUGGCCACUUCCUGCAGUUACACCUCAGACAUCUGCCGCCUGAUCUCAAAGCUUUUGUUUGCAGGUUUUUAUAAAAAGAUUUCGGGAUUUUAUAUAUUUUUUCCAUAUUAGGAAGCAACAAGUUUAAUAUUUUUCUCAGAUUUGAGACAUUAUGAAGUCAAUUUCUUUUUACAUUUUUUCAAAUGUAUGAAGAUGAAAUUUCCAUAAUUUCUUUUACCCAAUUUCACAAGUUCAAGUUCAAAACCUGCAGGUUUCUAAAAUCACAUUUCCAUCUAUCUUUUUUGGACAUUUAUCAGGUUUUUAUUUGCUGGUUUAUGAAGUCAAUUCCUCACUGACCAUGUGUUCAAUAUUGUGUAGUUAUUUAUUUUCUUCUUUGUAAUUUGUGAGUUUAUAAAGUGACACUUUCAGUUUUUUCUUUCCAAUUUUAGUUUAUGAAGUUUUAUUUCACAUUAAAAUGUAGGAAGCCAGAAUUUGUUUGUUUUUUUUAAUAAUAAAGGGACCGCCCACCUGGAACACCAAACACCUGCCUUCAUUGUAAAAUAUUGGUUUUCAUUUCAGUUGAAGGAAUAUUUGAUUAUUUUUAGGGUCAUCUGGCUUUUAACCUCAACAACCAUGAAGCCACCUGGAAGAAAAUUGUCAAAAGUUCCUUUUUGACCCUUUAACAUAUUAAACAGUUGCAUCUAAAGCAGAGGUUUGUUUGGUUCAUGUCUCCUGGAGGCUUCACCAGCUGUUUUAUCACCCGUCAUGUUCCAGGCUGGUCGGCUCCUCGCCCCCUCAACUCCCAUCACCCAAGGACCCAAGGUUUAUGAAGGUUCCUGUCCCAAGCCUCCUGGCCAGCACCCCCUCACGCCAACAAGGUUGUUGGUUCAACUCCCAACAGGGGUCUGGGUAGUGUUCCAUGUUCCUGCAGUGGAUCUGGGAGUUUCCAAGUUAAACUUAGAUUUCUGGUCCACGAUGUGCAAAAGCCUCUGAUUGGCUCUAGUUGCCCCAGACGCCGGUUUCCCCCACCAAAGCUCAGAAUCCAUGACGACCAGAGGUGUCAAGUAACGAAGUACAAAUACUUUGUUACCUUACUUAAGUAGAAAUUUUGGUUAUCUCUACUUCACUGGAGUAAUUAUUUUUCAGACGACUUUUUACUUUUACUCCUUACAUUUUCACACAAUUAUCUGUACUUUUUACUCCAUACAUUUUAAAAACAGCCUCGUUACUCUAUUUCAUUUGGGCCUUUAAUAAAAACUAUCCAGUUAAAUUGCUCCAUCCGGAUAGAGUGAAUUUGGUUGUGGUUGUUUCAGAUGUUCUUGUCCAGUUUUGUUCUUACAUCCGUUCCCUCAGAUUCCUGCAACUAAACUUGGAUGUACAUUCCAAUAAAGGUUAGGAUAAAUGAUAACAUGCCUCUGAAGUUUGACUUUUUGCACCAUUACAAUACUUAUAGGCAAC